AUGGCGGCGGCAACCGGAGGGCCGGGCGCGGCCACAGACGGGCCGACGCGGGACGGACCCGCGACGACCGGAGGCGGCGGUGGCUGCGCGACCAGAGGCGCCGCCCUCCUCUCCAAUCUGCAGCUCCUCUCGCUCGAUGGACCGACAUCGGGAUGGAGCCGGAUGAGGACGGCCGCGGUCGUGGGCUGGAGGAGGUGCAGCAGGAGCACGGAGGAGGGCGGCGGCGACGCCUCAUCCUCUCCUCUUCCACCGGCCUCGACGUCGUCUUCUGGCACAGCGACGGCAGGCGGCGGCUGGAUGCUACGAGGAGGGAAAGCUUGUGCGGUGGUGGCUGACGGAGGACAGAGGAUGGAGGAGGAAGAAGGGAUGCGGCGGCUGUGGACCCAUCUCGUCUUCAACCUCUGCGCGCUGCCGUCCCCGUACAUGCUCGUCUCCGUCUGGUCCAGAUUCAUGCCCGGAGGCUGGAUGCUACCGGGAGGGAAAAAUCUUGAUCAAAUAGAAGAAGGAGAAAUUCAACCAAGCCUGAUGAGACACACGUCGCUAGCAUCGAGAUCAAGUGAAGCUGCGCUGGAGCGAUGGCGCAUGUCUCGCCAUGCACGGUCGCUCCUCUCCAUGAAUCCACAGUUGGCAGACUGGCAUUACUUCUACCAAUGUUGUUGGUACAACAGGUCAACAGCUACAACUUCAUGGCUUCUUUGAGGUUAAAUUGCCUCCCUGUAUAGUUCUGAAAUUAUUUUUGUAGAUGAGUAAAAUGGAAAAGUAUGAUGUUCAUGCAAAUACAUUGCCUCUCUUCUCAUUGUCUCUUGGGUUCUUUCUU